AUGCUCACUCUUAAUCAAAGCUUUGCUUCAACUUGCACAUUUGCGGUUAUCAUCCGCCUAUUGAUGCUGCUUUAUGGCGAAUGGCAAGACGCACAUUUACAAGUGAAAUAUACCGACAUAGACUAUAAAGUACUCACUGAUGCAGCGCGUUAUGUAACCAUUGGUGAAAGUCCAUAUCAGCGGGCUACUUAUCGCUAUACACCCUUAUUAGCCUUCUUACUGACACCAAAUAUAUACGUCCACAAGUCUUUUGGCAAAGUUUUAUUUGUUCUUGCAGAUAUACUCAUUGGCGUUUUAAUAUACAAGAUACUCCGCUUACGUGGUCUACCAGAACUAGACGCAGUCACUUAUUCGGCAUAUUGGCUAUAUAACCCGAUGGUUGCCAACAUAUCCACACGUGGAAGUGCUGAAUCCCUGAUCGGUGCACUGGUCCUUUCCACGCUUUAUCUAAUUACUACUAAACGCUUUUACGCAGCGAGCGUGAUGUUUGGUCUAUCUGUCCAUUUCAAGAUCUAUCCGAUCAUAUAUUCGGUACCUUUGCUAAUGUUAUUGGAUGAUGAGGAUUAUUGGGGGAUACCGUGGAAGGGUAAGGAGAAAGUUCAUGAUACUUGGACCGUCAAGCACUGGACAGGCAAGAUUGCUCGAUUUGUGACUCCGACACGUGUUUGGUUUGGGGUUAUUAGUGGUGGCGUAUUUUUGUAUAGACGCUCAGAGUUUGAACUACCUUCUGAUCCUAUUAUAAAUCAUCAAUCAUCAAUUGCACGCGAUCAUUUAAAUCAUUAUCCCCGACACAUAACCCAAAGCUAUUCUCAAGACUUUCUAAGAGAAACGUAUUUUUAUCAUGUUGUACGCAAGGACCAUCGGCAUAAUUUCUCUCUCUGGUUCUAUUACAUCUAUCUCUCCUAUACCGAGCCUCAUGGGACAUUCCUUGGAAUUGCAACAUUUAUACCACAGUUCUGGCUGACGUUUCUAUUAGGCGCUGCCUUUGGUAAAGAUUUAUUCUUUGCUUGUUUCAUACAAACUUUUGCAUUUGUGACAUAUCAGAAAGUUUGCACUUCACAGUAUUUCAUGUGGUAUACAUGUCUUUUACCACUAAUUCUUCCAUCAACGUCGAUCACCUUUAAAUACAAAGGCUUCAUGUUACUUCUCGCGUGGGUUGUUAGUCAGGCACUAUGGCUAAAUGAAGCUUACAAGUUGGAAUUCCUUGGACAGAAUACGUUCUUUGCUAUAUGGAAAGCGAGUCUGCUAUUCUUUGCUUCUAAUUUGUGGAUAUUGAAGGAACUAACAUCUAAGCAUAAGUUUGAAUCAGUGUUUGAAUUGGGCAAGGUUAGGAAGAUAUGGGAAAGGAGAAGUCGCAUUAUGGAUGAGACCAUGGAAAGGGAGAGUUUAAUGUGA